UAGAGGUGGGGCUAGGGGAGAAGUGUAUGUUUGCCUGUUGGUUGGGAGCCAGGCGGUUACAUGCGACACUGGAGUAGUUCAUACAGCAGACGUGCACCUCACAUCCCAUUCAGAGAGUUACAGCUGCUUCAAGGUUCUGACCCAAGCUGACGGGACAGAGGUUGAGGGAAUCUCCUAGCAGAGAGCAUCAUGGGAGGAGCCGUGGUAGACGAUGAGCCUAGUGAUGUGAAGGCGCCAGACGGAGGGUGGGGCUGGGCCGUGCUGGCCGGAGGGUUUGUCAUCACUGGGUUCUCCUAUGCCUUCCCCAAGGCUGUCAGUGUGUUUUUCAAGGAGUUGAUCAGGGAGUUCGGAGUGGGAUAUAGCGACUGUGCAUGGAUUUCUUCUAUACUGUUGGCCAUGCUCUAUGGCACAGGUCCACUGUGCAGUGUGCUGGUGAACAAGUUUGGGUGUCGGCCAGUGAUGAUGGUGGGAGGGCUCUUUGCCUCCUUGGGAAUGAUUCUGGCGUCCUUGGCCACCAGUAUCAUACACAUCUACCUCUGUACUGGAGUUAUAACGGGUCUGGGCCUGGCACUGAACUUCCAGCCAUCUCUGAUCAUGCUGAAUCGUUACUUUAGUGAGAAGAGGCCUCUAGCUAACGGACUAUCUGCUGCCGGGAGCCCCGUGGCCCUCUGCUGCCUCUCGCCUCUGGGACAGGUACUGCAGUACCACUACGGUUGGAGAGGCGGCUUCCUCAUCCUGGGAGGUCUGCUGCUCAACUGCUGCGCAUGUGGGGCCCUGAUGAGGCCCCUGGUGGGCCCCAAGAAGCCCCAGGACCAGGAGUUACAGGCUGUAGACCAAGCAGAAAAAAAGCCCAAACCUCCGAAGAAGCUCCUGGACUUUAGCGUAUUUAAAGACCGAGGUUUCCUCAUCUAUGCCAUAGCUGCGUCCAUCAUGGUACUGGGUCUGUUUGUACCCCCUGUGUUUGUGGUGAGCUAUGCCAAGGAGAUGGGGAAUGAAGACACCAAGUCUGCCCUCCUCCUCACCAUCCUAGGGUUUGUUGAUAUCUUCGCCCGGCCCACGUGUGGGCUGAUCGCGGGGAUGAAGUGGGUGCGUCCUAGAUGUGUGUAUCUGUUCAGCUUCGCCAUACUCUUUAAUGGCAUCACCGACGUGGUCAGCUCACAGGCGACAGACUACCCUGGUCUGGUGGUGUUCUGUAUCUUCUUUGGCCUCUCUUACGGGAUGGUAGGGGCGCUGCAGUUCGAGGUUCUCAUGGCCAUCGUGGGCACCAAGAAGUUCUCCAGCGCUUUAGGGCUGGUGUUGCUCAUGGAGGCAAUAGCUGUGCUGGUGGGACCGCCUGGAGCAGGUCGUCUGCUGGACACCACCCAUAACUACAUGCAUGUGUUCCUGCUUGCUGGCUGUGAGGUCAUUCUGGCCUCUAUUGUCAUCUGCCUGGGCAACUUCCUGUGCAUCAAGAAGAAGUCAGACGAGCCCGAAGCCCAUUUAGAGAAUGGAGCCCCCGCAGAGAUGGAGAAGCUCAACAGCCUGCCAGAGGGAGGGAAGACUGAGAGCGAGCAGCCGGACGGGGACAUUUCCACAGUGACGGUAUUUGUUUACGGAGACACUCCCCAGUGAGGAGAGAUGAAAGAAACUAUGGAACUCUUCUUUCCUCCUGAGUCACAGUGGCUUCCAGUGUCGUGAGAUCUUGAAGUGACUUCUUUCCUCCUGAGUGACAGUGGCUUCCAGUGACGUGAGAUCUUGAAGUGACUUCCUUCCUCCUGGGUGACAGUGGCUUCCAGUGACGUGAGAUCUUGAAGUGACUUCCUUCCUCCUGGGUGACAGUGGCUUCCAGUGACGUGAGAUCUUGAAGUGACAAGAAACAUCUCUGUACGAGAAGAGUUUUAUUUUAAUUUAAUUUUUUUAAGACCUCGAGCUGGUUUCCCAAACCCAGAUUCAGCUUAGUCCUGGACUGAGAAACAUGCUCAAUGGAAAUUCUUAAUUGAAAGUGUUUUUUAGUUCAGGACUAGAUGUGAUCUGUGUUCGAGAAAGUAGCCACAAAAGUAUUAUUUCAACUACCCAUGUUGUGGCAGGUUGCAGGCAACAUGGGUUAUUGUAUGAUUGAUGGUGUGACAUAUACUAUUUGAUUAAAGGUCCAAUGCAACAGUUUUUAAAAAUCUCAAUAGCAAAUCAUUUCUGGGUAACAAUUUAAGUACCUUACUGUGAUUGUUUUCAAUUAAAAUGGUCAAAUAAAAUAAAGCUUUCUUAGCAAAGAGCAAUUUCUCAAGCAAGAAUAUUGAUAAUACUGUCAGAGUGGUCUGAGUGUGGAAGGGAAAACUAGCAGUUUUGGCAAAGAGGUUUGGAACUCUGUUUCUUAUUGGUCUAUUGAUGUCACCAGGCAGGACAACUCCAUCCCACCAAAACAGGCUUCAAUUUCAGGCAGUCUUUUCAAAAGCUCUUACACUUAAAGGGCAUUUUCACAAUUUCACAGUAUUAUUCCAAC